AUCGUGUGUCAGUGGCUGCUGCAGUGCUGUGUUGUGUGUACGUUAGCAUAUCGACAAGAAUCUUCAACCAUGCAGACCUCAACCAUUGUAGUCCUUGCGUGCCUGAUCGCCGUGGUGAUUGCGUACCAAGAACCUCAGCCUUUGGACGCGGCACAGGAAUCAUACCUCGACACUCCAGAACAUGACAGGAGUCCGAGGAAUAAGAGAGGUCUGCUGCUCUUGAAGAAGAAGUUGCUUCUUGGUGCUCUGGGCCUAAAGGCAGCGAAGGUCGGUGCUGUGGGAGUCGCUGGAGCUCUCGCGCUCAAAGCUAAGGCAGCUAAGCCGAAAGUAGCAGCGGCCAGCUUUUUCCAUCAUGGUUGGUGAUUGCCUGUACUGGGAUUUUUCUUACAACGCAUCGAGUUCGUCUACGUUCUAAGAGAAAUCGGUAUGAUGUGUUAAGUAGUGUUAACAGCUAGGAUUUCGUUUUAAUCUAUGAGAGGCUUCUGUGUGAUGGGUAUUUAGAUUAAACGGAUCAUUUUAUAGGUUAUAAUUUAGAGACUUACGUGACGUUUGAUGGCAACAAAUUGUUUGAAUCGCUUCCAUUUGAGAAUUUUAAAAAGGUCGUGCAUAUUUUAAAUAUAAUCCAUGCCACUUUUUGUCAUAUUUUGUACCUAACAGUGGCCAUACACGCAAUAGUUCACCUGACAAGUUGACCUGAGCUCCAUUUUGUUUCCUACUUUGACGGUAGCCUGUAUGACUUGCCUUAUGUUUCUCCCUAACUUUGUUGACAAUUACUUUUCAAGGCAGAUUCGUGCUCCGUAGAGGCUAAAAUAGAGGCUAUUAACAGUUCGCUGUAAUUUAAUGAACUUAAGUAAGCACAAUGCCCAUGUCAACCUAUCAGGUAAACCAUUUGCUGGAGCUAUGGCUCCUAUCAGGGUUUUUGAAUAUUAGAUGUGAUUAUUCGAUUAAAUUUUUACUUGAGUGUGACACCAUAUUAUUAAAAAGGCAUACUUUUCUGACUAAACCUGAAUAAAAGUUAAUUGAAACAAACCAUUUGAACAAUAACAUUAAUUAAACUUUGCCCAUUAAAGAUCAUAUUUUGGUGAAAUAAUUACUGCCAUAAUUUAAUGUACCUAUUAUUCGAAUGGUAAUAAAAGCAUUAUGCAAUUGCAUUAGUAACAGGCUUCCAGGUUGCUAGCAACAAGGUAGACUGAUGUAUACCUAAUUGGUAAACAGAAGCGCACUCGCAUAGAUUAUCAGGUUCAAUAUUUGUUAUGUCAUCAACGUCACGUAGACUUACAUUAUAUGUAAAUGGCCUGUUACAUAAACCUAAGAUUUAAUAUAAGUCAAUGUUUGAAGGAAUGCCAUAGUAGAUAGUUUAUUAAGCUUUAUUUUAACACACAUUAAAAAAUAUGAAUACUUAUCUGGUCAAUGUUGCUUAUAAUGAUUUUUCUGCAGGAAAUAUUGUGUUCGUUUUGAGGCUGAAAUAAGUUUAAGCAUAUAGUUAACUGUAGAUCCGUUAAUUUAUAUGUUUAAACUCAUUUUCAAAAAAAUCCCAUGUUUUCAAACAUUACAAAAGGCGCCAUUUAAAAUAUAUAUUUUCUAACAAUUAUAUAUUUGUACAGGUCUUCCAAAUUGCGUCUGAAUCUAAAAUUGUUCACUAGAGCUGUCCAUAUUAUAAAGAAAUAUGUGAAGUUGCCAAUGUGGCGAUGUUUGUUAUAAUAUUUAUAACAUAAAGUGCCGAGGCGAUUGUCAUUUUUUUGAACGUUUUAUAACGAAUAAAUGAUAUACUGAAGGA